CUUCUCUAAGCUUGUGUGACGUCCACCAGUGACUGGGAGGCAGCUGCUGGGAAUCACUAACUGAGCCGUGGGGCUUGCGGAGGCCUCAGGAUGUGGUGUUGUGACUUCUUCUAGCGCCGGUUUGUUGCUCAGGUGCGGCUGUCAAGAUGUCAUUUAAUUUUUGCUUUUUGGCCCACUGGUUGCUUAUUCCUUUUUCUUUCAUUACUCCUACAGUUUUAGGUCAGCUUGGAAAUUCCUGUGCCAUCACAAUUCCAGAGUCUCCAGUCGUGAAUCUUGAUGAACCAUUUACAGCAUAUUGUAUUAUCAAUACGAGUUGUAUAGCUGAUGUCAGUAAAGUAUACUGGAAAACUAGGCAAGUAAAAGUGCCCGACAGCCAGUACAGUGUGAUAAACGAAACGGUCUCCAGUGUCACCUUUAAGAACGCCUCCAUGCUGGGCCCUCUCUUGACUUGCCACUUCAUGCAAUUUGAACACGUGGAACUGACUCUUCAUGGAAUACUUUUAAAAUUUGGAUACCCUCCAGACAAGCCUACAAACUUGACAUGCAUUAUGUAUGAUAAAGAGAAGAUGACCUGUACAUGGAACCCUGGCAAGCCAACUCUUCUAAACACCACCUAUACGCUGAAACACAAAUGGCCUCUGGAAGAGGACCGAGACAGUUGUAUUCCACAAGGUGGUGUAAAUGACACCUGUACAAUUUCCAAAAAUGCAGUGUCUCUAUUUUUUAUCAACAACAUCUUCUCAGUUGAAGCUAAAAAUGUUCUUGGAACCAGAGUAUCAGAUGAAAUCGUUUUAGAUGCUGCAUCUGUAGUCAAGCCUAAUGCUCCUGUUAUCACAUCUCUGGUCUCUACUUCCGAGUUGCCAAAUGCUUUAAAAAUAAUGUGGGACAAUCCAAUGAAAGACAUUCCAGAUAUGAAGAUGAUAUAUAACAUUAGAUAUCGCCCAAAUAUCAGCAGCCAAUGGGAACAGGUACCACAAGCAGACACCGCCUCACACAGGACUUCAUUUACACUGCAAGACCUUCUGCCAUAUACAGAGUAUGUAGUGUCGUUACGCUGCAAGUUGGACAAGGAUAGUGGAUACUGGAGUGACUGGAGUACAGAGAAGGGUAGCAUAACACCAGAAGCCACACCCAGUGAAGGUCCGGAAUUCUGGAGGCAGAUUCAGAACGCUGAGGGUAAAAGGAGUGUUCUGUUGAUGUGGAAGGUAUUAGACCCAUUGAAGGCCAAUGGAAAGAUAUUAUGGUACACAGGUACUGUUAAUGGAAAACAAAAAUCCCUUGAAACUUUUAAUGUGACUGCACAAGUUAUGAAGUUAAUGUUUCAAAAUAUGCCUUUGAAGCAAUUAUCAUUGCUCACAACAGUGCGGGAGAGGUCCCCUUCUUCACGUUUGGUUAUUCCAGCUAUUAAAAAUUAUCAAGCUUUACCCCCAGAAAUUAAAAUUGAUGCAUUUUCGAAGGACAAUAAACUUUGGUUGAAUGGACAUCUUGAAAGCAAAUCUGCAUGGAUUGUCAUAGAAUGGUGUAUUCAAUCAGAGAUAAAUGCUUGUAAUAUGCAAUGGCAGCGAGAACCAAGCAAUGCAAAGGGAGCAUUUUUUGAGAGUGAACGACCUGCAUCUAAGGAGGCAUAUCUUCAGCAAGGUGUACCUAAAAUGGCUCCAAUCAUCAUACAAAACAUGUUGAAAAAUACAAGGCUUCUUUUGUGUGGACCUCCAGUAUCUGUGGAUGAUCAACAAGGAUUCAUCCAAAACUUCACCCUGACUUACAAACCUAAUCAUGGGAAUUUAACUAGUAUAAGGAUUGACCCUAGCCAUACGGAGUAUGCACUUACAUCCUUAAACCGUGAUACUCUAUAUACAAUUCAUUUGACUGCUUAUACAGAUGUAGGAGGCACAGAUGGUCAGAAAAUCACGUUUACAACUGCAAAGUUUGCCAAUGGAGAAGUAGAAGCUGUUGUUGUGUCCUCAUGUUUAGUCUUUCUUAUACUCCUGCUUGUUGGUGCCUCAGUAUGUUUCAGCAAGAGAGAUCUAAUAAAAAAGCAUAUUUGGCCCAAUGUUCCUGAUCCUUCAAAAAGUGACAUUGCAAAAUGGUCUCCUCAGACUCCAAGCAGGCGUGAAUUUAAUACAAAAAGUAAUCCGUUUCAAGAUGGUAGUUUUACUGAUGUCAGCGUGGUGGAAAUAACUGCAGAUGCAAAGAAUCCUUAUGCAGAGCAGGACAUAAAGCCAGUGGACCCUCUUAAAAAAGAGAAAAACACUUCAGAUGGGUUAAGCAGUGGCAUUGGAGGUUCGUCUUGUAUGUCUUCUCCACAGCUGAGUGUGUCAGACAGUGAUGAGACUGAAUCUGCACAGAACACCUCCAGCACAGUGCAGUAUUCCACUGUGAUAGUUGGAUAUAGAAAUCAGCAACCAACAGCUGUAGCUCCACAAACAUUUUCAAGGUCUGAAUCCACCCAACCUCUUCUAGAUUGUGAGGAAAAGCCUGAAGAUCAAGAAUCUAUAGAAGAAGGCCAAAUAACAAUGGUUAAUCAUUUUUCUGAAGAGAACUGCCCUCAGGAAGAUGGCACAGACACGUUAAAAGCAUUAGACCAGGACCAAUGGUCUGGGUCUUUACAAACUGUUCCGAAUCAUCCUGGUGGGCAAAUAGAGGUUUUUGAAAGACCAGUAGAUUCAGACAUUAAUGUAACCAAUGAGGAACUGAAGAGCUAUUUACCACAGAUUGUAAGACGAGGUGGCUAUAUGCCACAGUAGGCUGAGACUUGUUUGCCACACACUGCUCUCUUCUUCACCUUUACAAAGCGUUGUGCUUCCUGUGGAAAUAAAAUGAGUACCUACAUAUAGGUGACUAUACUUAAUUAAUUUGUUCCAUGCAGGACUUAAGCCAAAGAGGUAAAUUACUGGAAGCAGCAGUAAAGAUUGGAUUAUUCUCCGUUUAGAUCUUUGGGAUCCAUGUAGCAAAAUUAAGAAGGAAAAAAACAGUGCAAGGACCUUUUGAUGUCAGUUUACAGGCGUGGAAUUUUAAAUAAUGAAGUAUCAACCUUAGAACCUGCAAUGCCAAGUAAAGGCUCCAGGUUUAAAAAUAAAAAUCAAGGUGCUUAAUGGACAUGUAUAUAUUCUCUAUAAUGCAAGAUGUCACUGAAAACAUCUGCUUUAAUUGUGUUUAGCAGAUCUAUAAUAUUUGCACAUUCUAAGCAUGUGCUAAACUGAGGUGGCUUUAAUAUUGUAUGCAUUUUUAAAAAAUGAACUUCCACAUUCGUUAAAAAAAAUAUUCAAAUUAAUAUUAGUGGGAUAACUAAAUGAACACAAAUUUGUAGACUUUAAAAGAUUUGCCAUGCUAAUUCUAAAUAUAACAACAGAUAUUUAUGCACGCGAUAUAACUGAUUUGAGGCCUACAAACUGUACUUGUUAUGCAGCAGAGCAAGUUUUACUUAAUUCUUAUGCUAAGCGCAGGCUACUACUGAAAGCCCGGUAUAAAAUACAAUUGUGCGCUUGCUGCUUACCUUGGCAAUAUCAAACGGUUAUGUGAAACUAGCAAUGUAGAGCCAUGGAUUUCCUGCUAAAUAAACUAAAGAUCUUUUGCAGAUGAAGAAGCAAUUAGAUGGUUUACUGUAUUUCCAAUAUGUGCCUUGUUUUGUUUAAUCUGUGACUAUGCAGUUUCAAAUAUAGUUUUCAUUUUUAUUUUUUACACUGCAAAAGGAACCUUUUUUGGCUAAGUGAAAAAUUGUAUUAUGACCGUUGUGUAUAGUCUACUGUGAUAUGUAAUUCAUAGCAUUACAAAUGGUUUUAUAUUAGUGUGACCUCAGGUUGAUUAAAGGGACAUAGGGGUCAGAAUUUAA